AUGGUCACCGUGGCGGCGCGCGACGAGGCGGUGGCUGGGCAGGUGCAGCAGCUGCUCAGCGCGCCCUUCUUCAGGUGCUACCGCACCACAGACGUCAUAGGCGUGGAGCUUGGGGGUGCGCUCAAGAACGUGCUGGCGAUCGCCUGCGGCAUCAGCGACGGCCUCAACCUCGGGCACAACGCGCGCGCCGCCCUCAUCACGCGCGGCCUGGCCGAGGUGACCACAAUGGCCACUGCCAUGGGCGCCCACCCCCUCACCAUGCUGGGCCUGGGCGGCAUAGGAGAUCUGGUGCUCACCUGCACAGGCGACCUCUCCCGCAACCGCACCGUCGGCCUGCGGAUCGGCCGGGGCGAGAAGCUCGCUGACAUCACCGCCAGCAUGGGCGGCUCCCACGCAGAGGGCGUGCUGACGAGCCGCUCAGCCUACCAGCUGGCGCAGCGCAGUGGGCUGGACCUGGCCACGAUAGAGGGGAUUUACCGCGUCCUGCACGAGGGCGCAGACCCAAUGACUACGGUGCGAGAGAACAUGAGCAGGGAGUUGAAGCAUGAGGUGCCCGUGUCCCUGCAGCAGUCCCUGGCGGGGGGCGGCGCCGACGCGGCAGCGGCGGCCGGGGCCUCAGCUGCGGCGGCGGUGCCGGCCGGUGCGGCGGUAUAA